AUGGCGGGUGUCCAGCCCCGCCGUGCUGAGGAUGUGGCACGCAGUAAACAAUAUGAUUACAAAGCGAACUCAAACUUGGUCCUGACAGCCGAGCAGCGCACCACCGUCGGUCAUGAGCCGGAUGGAUCCGCAGAGACCCUGUGGGGCAACAUGCGGGGCAAGAUGGGGGACAAGGUGCAGCGCGGCCUCCCCGAGGGCCUCGCAGAGCGCAAGGCCAAGCGUGACGCCACGGCCGGCGACGGCGCCGGAGCCAAGCGGCGGAGGGCCCCCACUGCCGCCUCGGUGCUGGAGGUGGAGACCGCGGGCCUGUACCGCCCCCGCACCGAGGAGACGCGCAUGGCCUACGAGGCCCUGCUCUCCGUCGUGGUGGACCUGCUGGGCGGGCAGGAGGAAAGCGUGCUGCAGGGCGCCGCUGACGAGGUCCUGGCCGUGCUCAAGAACGACCGGCUGCGGGACCCGGAGCGCCAGAAGGAGCUGGGCACGCUGCUGGACAGCCCCGUCAGCGACGAGCGCUUUGCGCUGCUGGUGGAGCUGGGCAAGCGCAUGAAGGACUGGGCGCCCGAGUCGGCCGCGCUGGCGGCGGGCAGCGGUGAGGCCGCGCUGGACGAGGAGGGCGUGGCCGUGGAGUUUGACGACGAGUCUGACGAGGACGAGGGCGAGGAGCUGGUAGACGUGCUGGAUGACGACGAGGAGGAGGGCGGGGAUGCCGAGGAUGAGGCCGGCGGGUCGCGCGCCGGCGUGCGCACCGGCGGCGUCGACGUGGACGCCGGUGAGGAGGAGCGCGCGUCGGGCAUCCCAGUGCAGGACAUCGACGGCUACUGGCUGCAGCGCCGCGUGGCGGGCGCGCUGCCCACGCUGGAGCCCGCUGCGGCACAGCGCACCGCCGACGAGCUGCUGGAGGCGCUGGCGGCGCCCGACGCGCGCGAGGCCGAGAACCGCGCGGUCGCGUUGCUGGGCUUCGACGCCUUCGGCCUGAUCAAGGAGCUCCUGCGCAGCCGCGCGGCGGUGGGUGCGGAUGGCGGGGAAGGCAGCGACGACGACGACCUGAAUCCUGGCGGCGCCGGCCGCGCGGGUACCAACGGAAAAAGCGGUGCGGCCGCCGCGGCGCGCAAGGCGCUGGACCUGGAGGCGCUGGCCUUCCCCGGCGGCGGUCGGUUCAACUCCGCGCGCUCCACCACGCUGCCCCCUGGGUCGUACCGCACGGUACAGAAGGGGUACGAGGAGGUGCACGUGCCUGCGCCCGCGGCGCCGGCCUUCGCGGAGGGCGAGUCGCUGCACGCCAUCUCCAGCCUGCCCGCCUGGGCGCAGGACGGCUUCCGUGGCAUGAAGGAGCUGAACCGCAUCCAGUCGCGCGUGCUGGACGCCGCGCUGUUCAGCGGCGAGAACAUGCUGGUCUGCGCGCCCACCGGCGCGGGGAAGACCAACGUGGCCAUGCUGGCCAUGCUGCACGAGAUCGGGCUGCACCGGCGCCCAGACGGCUCCAUCGACACCGCGGCCUUCAAGAUGAUCUACGUCGCGCCCAUGAAGGCGCUGGUGGCGGAGAUGGUGGGCAACUUUGCCAAGCGGCUGGAGCCCUACGGCGUGAAGGUCAAGGAGCUGACGGGGGACAUGGGACUGACGGGGGCGGAGAUCGCAGAGACCCAGCUCAUCGUGGUCACGCCGGAGAAGUGGGACGUGGUCACGCGCAACGCGGGCGAGCGCGCCUACACCCAGCUCGUGCGCCUGGUCAUCAUCGACGAGAUCCACCUGCUGCACGACGACCGCGGGCCCGUGCUGGAGUCCAUCGUCGCCAGGACCCUGCGCCAAGUGGAGGCCACCCAGACGCAGACGCGGCUGGUGGGCCUGUCGGCCACGCUGCCCAACUACGAGGACGUGGCGGCCUUCCUGCGCGUGGACCCGGCCAAGGGUCUCUUCUAUUUUGACAACUCGUACCGCCCCUGCCCCCUGGCCCAGCAGUACAUCGGGGUGACGGUGAAGAAGCCGUUGCAGCGCUUCCAGGCCAUGAACGACAUCACGUACACCAAGGUGAUGGAGGCGGCGGGGAAGCACCAGGUCCUGGUCUUCGUGCACAGCCGCAAGGAGACGGCCAAGACCGCCGCGCACCUCAAGGAGGAGGCGCUGCGCAACGACACGCUGGCGCGCCUGCUGCGCGACGACUCCGCGUCGCGCGAGAUCCUGCAGACCGAGGCCGCGGGGGUGAAGAGCGCGGAGCUGCGCGAGCUCCUGCCCUAUGGCUUUGGCAUCCACCACGCCGGCAUGACCCGCGCCGACCGCACCCUGGUGGAGGACCUGUUUGCCGACGGCCACAUCCAGGUGCUGGUCUCCACCGCGACGCUGGCCUGGGGCGUGAACCUGCCCGCCCACACCGUCAUCAUCAAGGGCACCCAGAUUUACAAUCCGGCCAAGGGCGCGUGGGUGGAGCUGUCGCCGCUGGACGUCAUGCAGAUGUUCGGGCGCGCAGGGCGGCCGCAGUACGACACCUACGGCGAGGGCAUCAUCAUCACGGGACACAGCGAGCUCCAGUUCUACCUGUCACUCUUCAACAUGCAGCUGCCAGUGGAGAGCCAGUACGUGGCCACCAUCCCCAACAACCUCAACGCCGAGAUCGUGCUGAGCUCCGUGACAAACCUGAACGAGGCCGCGGCCUGGCUGGGGUACACGUACCUGUAUGUGCGCAUGCUGUGCAGCCCCGGGGUCUAUGGCGUGCCGCUGGACGCGCAGGCCUCUGACCCCAACCUGAUGGAGCGGCGGCUGGACCUGGCGCACUCCGCUGCCACGCUGCUGGACCGCCACAACCUGAUCAAGUACGAUCGGCGCACCGGCAACUUUCAGCCCACCGACCUGGGCAGAAUCGCGUCGCGGUACUACGUGUCCUACACCACCAUUGCCACCUUCAAUGAGCACCUGAAGCCCAGCAUGACCGAGAUCGAGCUGCUGCGCCUCUUUGCGGCGGCCGACGAGUUCAAGUACAUGGUGGUGCGGCAGGAGGAGAAGCUGGAGCUGGCCAAGCUUCUGGACCGAGUGCCCAUCCCCAUCAAGGAGGGCCUGGACGAGCCGGCAGCCAAGAUCAACGCCCUGCUCCAGGCCCACGUCAGCCACCUGGCGUUGGAGGGGCUGGCCCUGUCGGCCGACAUGGUGCAGGUGGUGGGCAGCGCGGGGCGGCUCAUGCGCUGCCUGUACGAGGUGUGCCUGCGCCGCGGCUGGGCGGGGCUGGCGCUGAAGGCGCUGGGCCUGACCAAGGCCGUGGCGGCGCGCAUGUGGGGCAGCCAGACCCCGCUGCGCCAGUUCAAGGGGGUGCCCGCCGACAUCGUGGCGCGCGUGGAGCGCAAGGAGCUGGCCUGGGAGCGCUGGUACGACCUCUCCUCCCAGGACAUUGGCGAGCUGCUGCGCCUGCCCAAGAUGGGCAAGUCGGUGCACCGCCUGAUCCACCAGUUCCCGCGCUACGAGCUGGCCGCCCAGGUGAACCCCAUCAGUCGCUCCCUCCUCCGCGUCGACCUCACCCUCACCGCCGAUUUCCAGUGGGACGACGCCCUGCAUGGCCCCUCCCAGCAGCUCCUGAUCCUGGUGGAGGACUCCGACUCGGAGCACAUCCUGCACCACGAGAUGUUUGUGCUCAAGAAGGCGGUGGCAGACGAGGACCACCUGAUCACCUUCACGCUGCCCAUCUCGGAGCCGCUGCCCCCCCAGUACUUCAUCCGCGUGGUCUCGGAUCGCUGGCUGGGUUGCGAGUCCAGCCUACCCGUCUCCUUCCGCCGCCUCAUCCUGCCGGCCAAGUACCCGCCCCCCACCGAGCUGCUGGACCUGGCGCCCCUGCCGGUGACGGCCCUGCGCGACGCCGCCGCCCAGGCUGCGCUCUACCCGCGCCUCACCGCCUUCAACCCAGUGCAGACGCAGUGCUUCGCCGCGCUGCACUCCAGCGACGACAACGUCCUGGUCGCCGCCCCGGCCGGCUCCGGCAAGACGCUGUGCGCGGAGCUGGCCAUCCUGCGCAUGGCCGCCGUGGCCGCCGGCGGCGGCGACGCCGCGCCGCCGGCACGCUGCGUCUACGUCGCGCCGCGGGAGGACCUGGUGGCCGCGCGCCUGGCCGACUGGGCGCCGCGCUUCGGCGCGCUGGGCCUCAGCGUGGCGCGCCUGGUCGGCGACGGCCCCGCCGACGCCAAGACCCUGGAGCGCAGCAACGUCGUGCUGGCCACGCCCGAGCACUGGGACGCGCUGUCGCGGCGCUGGCGCCAGCGCCGCGCCGUGCAGGCCGUGUCCCUGUACGUAUUCGACGAGCUGCACCUGGUGGGCGGCACCGGCGGGCCCGUGCUGGAGGUGGUCGCCUCGCGCGCGCGGUACGUGGGCAGCGUCGCGCCGCGCGCGCCGCGCAUCGUGGCGCUGGCCGCCUCGCUGGCCAACGCCGGCGACGUCGGCGACUGGCUGGGCGUGCGCCCCGCCUGCCUCUUCAACUUUCCCCCCUCCGUCAGGCCGGUCCCGCUGGAGGUGCACGUCCAGGGCUUCGAAGUGGCCGACCUGGAGGCGCGCAUGGCGGCCAUGGCGCGGCCCGCCUACGGCGCGAUCGCCGCGCAUGCGCCCGGCGCCGCGCCGGCCGUCGUGUUUGUGCCCACGCGGCGCCACGCGCGCCGCGUGGCGCUGGACCUGCUCGCCUUUGCCGCGGCCGACGGCCGGCCCGCCGCCUUCCUGCACGCCGACCGCGCCACGCUGGCGCCGUACCUGGAGCGGGUCAAGGACGCCGCUCUGCGCCACGCGCUGGAGCACGGCGUCGCCUUUGUGCACGAGGCUCAGGCCGAGGACGAACGCGCCGUGGCGCAGACCCUGUUUGACUCCGGCGCCGUGCAGAUCCUGGUGGCCACGGCGGCGACGGCCUGGGGCCUGACCUCCGUGGCGCGGCUCGUGGUCAUCCAGGGCACGCAGGCGUAUGAUGCCUCGGGCCAGGGCGCCCGCGACUAUGCCGUCACCGACCUGCUUCAGAUGCUGGGCAGGGCCAGCCGCCCAGGCAUCGAUGCCUCCGGCAUUGCGGUGCUGAUGUGCCACGCGCCGCGCAAGGAGUACUACAAGAAGUUCCUGUUCGAGCCGCUGCCCGUGGACUCCCACCUGGACGCCGUCCUGCACGACACCCUGGCGGCGGAGGUGGUGACCCGCACGGUGACCAACAAGCAGGACGCGGUGGACUACCUGACCUGGACGCUAUACUACCGGCGCCUGGGCGCCAACCCCAAUUACUACGGCAUGACCGGGUCCAGCCACCGCCACAUCAGCGACCACCUGUCGGACCUGGUGGAGCGCGUGCUGGCCGACCUGGAGGCCUCGCGCGUGAUCGCCAUCGAGGACGACAUGGACCUGGAGCCGCUGAACCUGGGCAUGAUCGCGGCGCACUACUACGUGGCCUACACCACCAUCGAGCUGAUGGCGGCCAGCCUGGGGGCCAAGACAAAGCUGGCGGGGCUGGUGGAGGUGCUGGCGGCCGCCUCCGAGUACGACGACGUGCUGGUCCGCCCCGGGGAGGAGCGCGCGAUCGAGCGGCUGCUGGCACACGCGCCCCUGGCGCUGGCCGCGCCGCGGUACACCGACCCACACACAAAGGCCAUGGUGGACGUGCUGUCCUCCUCCGGCUGGCUGGCCCCCGCCCUGGCGGCCAUGGAACUGGGCCAGAUGCUGACGCAGGCGCGCUGGGCGCGCGACUCGCCCCUGCUCCAGCUCCCGCACUUCACGCCGGAGCUGGUGGAGGCCGCAAAGGCGGCCGGCGUGGAGGGCGUGUUCGACCUCAUGGAGAUGGAGGACGCAGAGCGCCGCGCGCUGCUCAAGCUGGAGGAGCCGCAGCUGGCGGAGGUGGCGCGCUGGUGCAACCGCUACCCGGACGUCGCCGUGACCUACGAGUUGGCGGAGCCUGACGCAAUCCGAGCGGGAGAAUCCGCGAGUCUGGUGGUGUCCCUGGAGCGAGAGGGCGAGGGCGAAGUGACCCCGGUCAUCGCACCACUGUAUGUGGAUGGGUUCCCGGGAAAGAAGGAAGAGGCAUGGUGGCUGGUCGUCGGCGACACCUCAUCCAACAGCCUGCUGGCCAUCAAGCGUGUCGCCCUCCAGCGCAAGUCGCGGGUGAAGCUGGAAUUCGUCGCGCCGGCCAAGGCGGGCCCGGCCUCGCUCACCCUCUUCUUCAUGUGCGACUCGUACCUGGGCUGCGACCAGGAGUUUGGCCUGGACUUUGAGGUGCUGCCUGGCGACGAGGAGGCAGAGGAUGCCGGGGAGGAGACCGCCGUCCCCAUGGAUGACGACAAGUGA